GUACGGACUGGAAUGAAGUCGGAUCAGAAUUUAACAUUGUGUACACUACGGUAGCGCUUUUAUACUGACACGUUGACGAAAAUAGUAUCGUCACACAUGGGAAUUCAAUACCUAAAUUUCCUAUUUUCGGUUUCGAGUUCAAAGGGUAUUAGAAAUGGACAAUGAAAACACCAACGAACAAACAUACAUGCAGACUGACGAAGUCAAUGUUGAAUGGAGAGACAACAAAUCUUUAGCAGAAUGCGCACAAAUUCUUUUAGAAACGAAAGUUAUGUCAGAUGUGACUUUCUCUUUCAAAAAACAUGGCGACCGGAAAUUCAAAGCGCACAAGCUAAUACUGAGCAUGCGCAGUGCGGUAUUUGGAGCAAUGUUCUUUGGACCACUGGCAAAUAACCGAACCGAAAUUGAUGUUGAAGAUACGGAACCCGACAUUUUUGAGCUGGUACUCCGGUACAUCUACACAGAUAAAGCUGAACUGAAUGGAGAAACUGUCCUUAGAUGUCUGUAUGCAGCAAAAAAAUAUUGUUUGAGCGGGUUGGAAGAAUCAUGUUCAUGUUUCCUCGAAAAUUCAAUCUCCCCGGACAAUGUCUGCACAAUCUACGAGCAAGCUAAAUUCUUUGAUGUUGAAGAAUUAAAGAACAAGUGUUACACAUUUAUUGUCGAGAACUCACAAUCGGUUUUCCAAAACGACGAUAUCAAGAAAUUAUCGUAUGAAAGCCUCCUUUUGGUAUUUGAUGAUGAGAAAUUGCAGAGCGAAGAGAUACUUCACUUUAACGUGGCGUUACGAUGGGCUGAAGAAAAAUGUGAAUCUGAAAAUAGUGAGUCAUCUGUUGAAAAUAAAAGAAGAGUUCUCGGAGAGAUAUUAGGGAAAAUUCGUUUUCCAGCAAUACCACCUGAUAAUUUUGCCAACGAGGUUAUUCCCACGCAAAUCCUUCCAGCAGAGGAACAAAUAUUUCUACUGCAAUUUAUGGUUACCAAGAAAACGAAGACCCCAGGUCGUGUAGGGAGUUAUAUUUCGUUGCCGCGCCAUGAUAAGCGUCUAAUAGUUAACCUAGAAAAUGUAGGUUCCCUCAGCACGUCCAGAUCGUAUGCAUACGUUUUCAAGAUAAGGAGUAACUUCGAUAUAUUUCUUCAAUCAUUACCGAUUUUAGAGUUCCAGUCUUUAACCGUUAAGGUCGACGAUGUAUCCAUUUCAAGUGUCGGUGUUGCUGACUUUGAAAAGUUUAACGGAGAAAUGCGAUUACAAAAUACAAGCAAAAUAGUACUUAGAGCAGGUGAGCAGUAUCAACUCAGUUUUGAUGUGUCGCGUACACAUCAUAGAUAUAUAACAAAUAGGAGAGUAUGUCACAUUGCUACAUUCGGAGAAUUGUCAAUUGUAUUUGAUGAAAUACCGCAAGAGGUGAACAAAAUAACAUUCUGCAGAGAAUAGAUACAUACAAAAUCGAGCUUGAAUCCAACCAUAACUUUGGUGUGACGAUACAUGCCAGUUUGUGCAUUAAUUAUCACAAGCUGGGUAUAGCUGUAAAAAUAAAUAAUGUAAAACUCUUGAAACAUGUGUUUAGCGAAAGAAAAGUGAACAACAUGCAUUUUUUGAAGUUGAUAUAAGAACUGACACACGUGAUGUAAAUGAAAUGACUAAACGGCUGUAAGUAAAAGGUUGAUAAGAAAUUGAAAAACGUAGCAAGAUAAAUUUUGGCAGAUGCAAAAACCCUUCACUGUAUUACUCAAGAACUAUCAUUCGGUCUUUGGUAUUGAGAUUAUAGCAUGGCCGCGAUAUUAAAGAAAAUUAGUACAGUCAUUAAUAUCAAAGGAAGAUAACUUUGAAAAGGGAAAAUGUUUAUACUAUUGCUCAUUAUAGGGGUGUGUACCGGUUCUCGAUAUAAAUCGAAUACCGGUAUUGUAGGUUCGAUCGAUAUAUAGUAUCGAAGGUUAUCAUAUCGGUCAA